CUCUCUGCAAUUAUUUUUGUUGAAAGGGAAAUAUUUCAGCCAUGAAGCUAUUUACAUUUCUCCUGGCGGCGGGGCUACUCUUUGUUGCCCCCAUUAUUUGUGAAGAUUAUCAUUGCACGAAGGACAAAAAAUGUAAGAGUGGCUGUUGUAGGCUGGAACCUGAUGGAACGGGAAACUGUGGUCUUGGGCCUACAUUCUGUGGCAAGGGCAACUGCACGUCAACAUGCGACGAAAAAUCCGAAUGUGAUCCUGGAUGGGGCUCAAUGUGGUCUACAGCAGAAAAUUGCCCUCUCAACGUCUGCUGCAGCGAGUACGGCUUCUGUGGCACCACCCCUGAUUUCUGUCAGGGCAACAUCCCAACUUCUCCUUCAUGUAGCGGCGGUUUCAGCUCUGAUGCUCGCACGAUUGGAUACUAUGAAGGCUGGAAUUUGGAACGAAGCUGUCAAACCAUGACCCCCGAAAAGAUACCUUUGGGAUAUUACACGCACAUCAAUUUUGCAUUUGUGCUCAUAGAUCCGGACACCUUCACCAUCGCUCCUAUGGGAGAUGAUGUUGCGGCACUUUAUACAAGAGUCACAGGCCUUAAAGCUGCUCAGCCAGGGCUUAAAGUUUGGAUCUCGAUUGGAGGAUGGGCUAUGAACGAUCCAGGGCCAACUCAAGCCACGUUCUCGGAUCUUGCUGCGUCCGAGAAUGCGCAAGAGAAUUUUUUCAAUUCCCUCAUUACCUUUAUGAUGGCCAAUGGAUUUGAUGGUGUUGACCUCGACUGGGAAUACCCGGUUGCGGAUGAUAGAGGAGGAAAAGCCGCCGACAAAGAGAACUUUCCUAAAUUCCUCCAGAACCUCCGGCACGCAUUGGACCAGAGUGGGAUGCCAGAUCGUCCAGGACUAUCAAUUACAAUUCCGUCUUCAUACUGGUAUAUGCGCGGAUUUGACAUCGUCAAAAUCGAUCCCAUCAUUGACUUUUUUAACAUUAUGACUUACGAUAUUCACGGAACUUGGGACUCUUCUGCCAAUUCGGUUGGAGCUCUGGCGCGGGCACAUACAAACCUAACAGAGAUUGAGCAGAGCAUGCAGUUACUAUGGAGAAACCAUAUUGACCCCGCGAGAGUGGUUCUUGGCCUUGGAUUCUAUGGCCGUAGUUUUACAAUGAAAAGCUCAUCUUGUAUUGCGCCGGGUUGCCCAUUUAGUGGUGGCGGCAAGGCCGGACCAUGCACAAACACGUCAGGAAUUCUUUCAGCUACUGAGAUCAGAGAGGUAGUGGCUGGUGGAGCAAAAGUCACACUUGAUUCAGAAGCAGGUGUAAAGGUCAUUACUUGGGACGAUGACCAGUGGGUAUCCUAUGAUGAUGGCGAAACCAUGAAGAUGAAGAUCAAAUACGCCAAUAGUCGGUGCCUUGGAGGAACAAUGGCGUGGGCUAUAGAUUUGGAUGAUGGAACUACGAUAGAGGAACUUGGGGCCGUUCUUAACCGCCCUAAAGCUCCAACAUUCGAUCCGGAUCUUUUGGAUCCAAACAAGAAUAAUACAGAUUUGGGAACUGGAUAUGGUGUUUGAACCUGGAUGUCGUCUAGUCUAAAUUUAAUGAUAAACAAUAACGUACAUGUAUAGCGAAAGCGCCAAACAAGCGAAAGCGCCAAACAAGCGAAAGCGCCAAACAAGCGAAAGCGCCAAA